AUGGAGAAUAAUAUAAUGGAGUUUACACUGCCGCCAGCCCCCCGGGGGCUGUGCUUUGACAGAAACGACUUCGUCAAGACGAACUUUUCCGUCGAUAAUUUUCUGGCGGAGCAUCAAAAUGUUGCGUCGUUGGAGACGAUGCGAGAUGACCUAGGAGUGUACUUAAAAGUCCUAAGACUGGCUAUGAUAGAGCUCAUUAACAAGGACUACGCUAACUUCGUCAAUUUGUGUGCUACUCUUAUCGGAUUCGACAAGGCUAUAGUAAAAAUACAGGUGCCAUUAGGACAAUUGAAUGAUGAAGUUAUUAGUGUCAAACAAUGCCUAGAAGAUGCGAUGAAGGAGUUGUCUCUGUGGAUGAGCCAGAGACAUGGCCUACAAAAGAAAAAGCAGCUGCUCAAGCACUAUAGCCAAACAAUAAACUGUCUAAAAACUUUAGAUAGUAUAUUAAAAACCAUCACUCUUAAGAAGAGACAAGAACAGGUAGCUCUAGCUGAUCGUGCAGCAAUGCAAUAUAAUCAACUGAAGUUUUCCAUUGCAAAGUGUGACAGCAUAAUAAAGCCAGAACAUAAAUUACAAUACAAUGAAGUAGGAGGCAAAUUAAUACAAACACUUAAUGAAUUACUAUUCAACUUUUGGAAUAAUAGCGAUGAAGAGAACCUCUUAAAAACCCUCAUCACUCUAGCAUCUUUAGACCGAGUCAAAGAGUCUGAAAUGCUAAUUAGAAAACAAGCAGUUGCACCUCUCCUCCAAGAUAUAAUUAAUGAACCAGCUCUACAGAAAAGUAAAGAAGGACUUCAAGGAAUCUAUGAUAGAAUCUUGUCUUUAUUAGACACAAAACUAAAGUUACUUCUAACUGUAACGCAACAUUCCAAACUAUCAUUUCUGGUUAAAAAAUAUAGAUUUUUAGUAAACUGCUUUUGGUGCGAAGUAGAAAAUAGGUUGGAAGUGAAUCUAGCAUCAAUUUUCGCUCCUGGCAACCCUCAGAUAUUUUAUAGAAGGUACAGUGAAAGUGUGGAAUUUAUAAAGAAACUUGAGAAAUAUUGCUCUGCGGAUGAUAUGAAGUUGCUGCAUCAAACUUCAGAGUAUAAGAGCUUCCAAAGAAGAUGGAACUUGCCAGUUUAUUUCCAAAUAAGGUUUCAAGAAAUUGCAGGAAGUUACGAGGCGGCGCUACAGAAGAGCCCUACACUGGAACCAAACGAUGAAUUCGUACUGAGAGAAACACAAAAAUGUUGGAACGCUAUCCAGGAGUGCUGGUCGGACGGGGUAUACAUAGAAGCUCUGGCCCACAAAUUCUGGAAACUCACUCUCCAACUGCUGUCGCGGUAUGCCACGUGGGCUAAUGCGUAUUGUACACAGAGAAUACCAUCACAAAAGUAUGAGCCAACAAAUGUAAAUAAAAACUUAAUAGACAACAGUAUUAACAUCUAUGUGGACAUACAAAGUUUAUUGAGAAAGUUGCCUCACUUAUUGGAGCUUGUCAAGACCAAAAUACCUAUUGAGAACAAGGACCUAUUGGGGCAGAGCUUGAAAGCUUCAGAGACCAUUCUACAGGGUACUAAGGAGAAAGUAAGGGAUUGUGUAGUCAACGAACUGUACGAGAAUUUCAAUGUCCAUCUGAAGCAAGUCAGCGACAUACCGCGCCUGUACCGGAAGACUAACCGUAGUGUACCAAAUAAACCGUGCACAUACAUAGAUGUAGUGUCGAAUGCCUUGAAGGAGUUUAACGAGGAAGCUUCCAAAAAGCUGGAUAAUACGUUCACUAUGGAACUAUUUGAAUCACUAUUCAACGUCAUGACUGUUUCAUACUACAAGUAUGUAGAGGAUGUAUUGACCUCGGUUCAGAAAACCGAAGAGUCAUUGAGAAGACUGAAGCAAAUUCGAGAGAUGAGUUCCCCACAGAGUAGCGACAGCGCGGGUGUAACGGACGGAGACAAGAUCCGACUGCAACUGAACGUGGACGUAGUCUCGUACGGGAACCUCGCGCGCACACUCCGCCUCAAUGUAAAUAGUGUUCACAAGUUCCCAGAACUAUCCAGUAUGGUAACAGAUGCUGUAAAAAAUAUAGAUAUUAAAUGA